UGGAGUUCAGAGGUCUCUUCAGUCUACUGAAUACUUCCACUUUAAGAAGGCGGCUCCGUCGCAGUGUGUUUAUACGAUCCCAGAAGUAGCACCACCACCACAUGGAAAACGAUACUGUGUUUUUAAUUCAACAUGGCGAAAGCAUAUGCCGCUCUUCCAGUGGAUACAUUUGACAAACUUUAAUGGUGUCUAUAGUUGUGCGUUUAGACAAGAUGAUCGAAAGUUGAUAUUGUUCCUGUGCUCCUGUCUGACUAUUUUUACACCACUGCCAGUGAGUGGAGCUACAGUAAAUGCGGCAACAUACGGCGCGCAGGGAACCGCCAGGGAAAGGAACCGCGAGAAGUGAAAGCGUGCUGGAACGUUAAUCAUACAAGAGGAGUAAUUUAGAAAACGGAAAAGAGAUAUAAACAGUGUUAGUUCGUACCAAAGCAGCGAGUGAGAGUAGCCUACGCUACGUGACAUAGUGAGAUGGACGGACUACGGGGGACGGGCUGUGAGCGCACCUCGACUGACCGCGAGUGAACAGACCGAGCCUGAAGCGGAUUGGGAUGGCAGCAUCCAGCAACUCAAGCCUUUCGGGUUCAUCAGUGUCUUCUGAUCCUGAGGAUUACCAACCGCCCAUAUGGAAGUCUUACUUGUACCGGCUCCAGCAGGAAGCUCCUCGGCCCAAGAGGAUGACCUGCCCUCAGGAGAUGGAGACCAGACCCAAAUAUUACGGCAGAGAGUUCCAUGGCAUGCUAUCGAGAGAGUGUGCAGAUGAGCUACUGGGAGGAGCAGACGGGGCUUACCUCGUCAGAGAGAGCCAGAGACAGCCAGGGACACACACCUUGGCCUUAAGGUUUGGGCACCAGACCCUGAACUACAGACUGUUCUAUGACGGGAAGCACUUUGUGGGGGAGAAGCGCUUUGAGACGGUCCAUGACCUGGUGACGGAUGGCCUCAUCACCCUGUACAUCGAGACCAAGGCAGCAGAGUACAUCGCCAAGAUGACCACCAACCCCAUCUAUGAACACCUGGGCUACACAUCCCUGCUGAAGGACAAGAUGGGGCACCGGCUGAGCCGGGGACGCACUGAACCCCGUAGGGUCACCUUCCAGAGAGAGGACAGUAAGAUCACCACUUCUCCUCUGGUACGGCACAGCACCCUGAAAGACUGCCCCUCCGAGAAGCAGAGCUCCUAUGACAAGAUCCACAACUUCAAGGUUCAUACUUUCCGAGGGCCUCACUGGUGCGAGUAUUGUGCCAACUUCAUGUGGGGCCUCAUAGCCCAAGGGGUCCACUGCUCAGGUAACCUCCUCUUCCAUUCAGACAUCCCAACACUACUCACUGCUGACCUAGCUACCAUCACUGACCUUUCAUGGGUACUUCAUCACAUUAGAGCACCGUCCCAAAUAUCACCCUAUUACCUAUGUAGUCCACGUGUGUAGGGCUCAUAGGGUUCUGAGCUAGAGUUUUACAGGGAAUUGGAUGCAAUUUGGGAUGAAAGCCUAAAGAAAAUAACUCCAAUCCCUGAUCAGACCCUUGGGGUCCUGUUAACAUCCCUGAUCAGACCCCUGGGGUCCUGUUAACAUCCCUGAUCAGACCCUUGGAGUCCUGUUAACAUCCCUGAUCAGACCCUUGGAGUCCUGUUAACAUCCCUGAUCAGACCCUUGGAGUCCUGUUAACAUCCCUGAUCAGACCCUUGGAGUCCUGUUCACAUCCCUGAUCAGACCCCUGGGGUCCUGUUAACAUCCCUGAUCAGACCCCUGGAGUCCUGUUAACAUCCCUGAUCAGACCCCUGGGGUCCUGUUAACAACCCUGAUCAGACCCUUGGGGUCCUGUUAACAUCCCUGAUCAGACCCUUGGGGUCCUGUUAACAUCCCUGAUCAGACCCUUGGGGUCCUGUUAACAUCCCUGAUCAGACCCCUGGGGUCCUGUUAACAUCCCUGAUCAGACCCCUGGAGUCCUGUUAACAUUCCUGAUCAGACCCCUGGGGUCCUGUUAACAUCCCUGAUCAGACCCCUGGAGUCCUGUUAAUCCAUUUCUGCCCAGAGGGAUGUUAAGUCAACAUGUUCAAUAAAUCAUCCAUGUAACCAGGUGUUGUCUCAUUUUAUCCCCCGUGUUUACCACAAAUAAACAAUAUGACUUCCAAGUUUUGAUUUAUUUCAAGAAUUCACGUUUGAUCAAAUAUCAAUCAAAUUGGACAACUGAUCGGACGUCUCUGUCCGGUUGGGUUUCAUGUCAUGUGACUAAUGUCAUGUGACUAAUUGUAACACAUGAGAUAUCAAACUUGAAAUGCCUAAUAAUGUAUUUAUUUUUAAAUGCUAUGACAAUAAAUAGGGUAUUACAAUAUUAUGUUCAAGCCUGGAUCAUGUCAUGGAAUGUAGAGUCCAGGAAAUGUGGUCUGUUCCAUGUAAAUCAAUGGUUGGAUGAGGCCUGUGAAAUGUAGUAAUUUAGCAUUCCUCAGUGACACCUGGGACAAACCAGUUCCCCCGGCGACUAUGGCUGUCAACUAUUUAUAAACAAGACAGACGCUCACAGAGAGCGUAGAAGGUGCAUCAACGGGACACACCCAGUCAAGCAAGGACAUCCAAAUACUGUAUCCACAAAACUGCAACAAGGCUGGCUGUGCUGUCAAAUCUAAUUUUAUUGGUCACAUACACAUGGUUAGCAGAUGUUAUUGCGAGUGUAGCGAAAUGCUUGUGCUUCUAGUUCCGACAGUGCAGUAAUAUCUAACAAGUAAUCUAACAAUUCCACAACAACUACCUAAUACACACAAAUCUAAGUAAAAAAAGUGAAUAAGAAUAUAUACAUAUAAAUAUAUGGAUGAGCAAUGACAGAGCGGCAUGGGCAAGAUGCAAUAGAUGGUAUAAAAUACAGUAUAUACAUAUGAGAUGAGUAAUGCAAGAUAUGUAAACAUUAUUAAAGUGGCAUUCUUAAAGUGACUAGUGAUCCAUUUAUUAAAGUGGCCAAUGAUUGAGUCUGUAUGUAGGCAGCAGCAUCUGUGUUAGUGGCUGUUUUAGGUCUGAUGGCCUUGAGAUAGAUGUUUUUCAGUCUCUCGGUCCCAGCUUCAAUGCACCUGUACUGACCUCGCCUUCUGGAUGGUAGCGGGGUGAACAGGCAGCGGCUCGGGUAGUUGUUGUCCUUGAUUAUCUUUUUGGGCUUCCUGUGACAUCAGGUGCUGUAGGUGUCCUGGAGGGCAGGUAGUUUGCCCCCGGUGAUGCGUUGUGCAGACCGCAUCACCCUCUGGAGAGCCUUGCGGUUGAGGGCGGUGCAGUUGCUGUACCAGGCGGUGAUACACCCCGACAGGAUGCUCUCAAUUGUGCAUCUGUAAAAGUUUGUGAGGGUUUUAGGUGACAAGCCACAUUUCUUCAGCCUCUUGAGGUUGAAGAGGCGCUGUUGCGCCUUCUUCACCACACUGUCUGUGUGGAUGGACCAUUUCAGUUUGUCUGUGAUGUGUACACCGAGCAACGUAACGUUCCACCUUCUCCACUGCUGUCCCAUUGAUGUGGAUAGGGGGGUACUCCCUCUGCUGUUUCCUGAAGUUCACGAUCAUCUCCUUUGUUUUGUUGAUGUUGAGUGAGAGGUUGUUUUACUGACACCACACUAUGAGUGCCCUCACUUCCUCCCUAUGGGGGGUCUCGUCAUCGUUGGUGAUCAAGCCUACUAUUGUUGUGUGGUCUGCAAACUUGAUGAUUGAGUUGGAGGUGUGCAUGGCCAUGCAGUCAUGGGUGAACAGGGAGUACAGGAGGGGGCUGAGCACGCACGCAAGGUGGAGGUUAUAUGAUCCUUGACUAGUCUCUCAAAGCACUUCAUGAUGACAGAAGUGAGUGCUACGGGGCGAUAGUCAUUUAGUUCAGUUACCUUUUGUCUUCUUGAGUACUGGAACAAUGGUGGCCAUCAUGAAACAUGUGGGGACAGGAGACUGGGAUAGGGAGAGAUGGAAUAUGUCCGUUAACAUGCCAGCUGGUCUGCGCAUGCUCUGAGGACGCGGCUAGGGAUGCCGUCUGGGCCGGCAGACUUGCGAGGGUUAACACGUUUAAAUGCCUUACUCCCAUCGGCCACAGAGAAGGAGAUCCCACAGUCCUUGGUAGCAGGCCGUGUCUGUGGCACUGUAUUAUCCUCAAAGCAGGCAAAGAAGGUGUUUUUGUUUUUCCUUUUGUAGUCCGUGGUUGUUUGUAGACCCUACCACAUAUAUGUCGUGUCUUAGCCGUUGAAUUGUGACUCCACUUUGUCUCUAAUACUGACAUUUUGCUCGUUUGAUUACCUUGCGGAGGGAAUAACUACACUGUUUGUAUUUGGCCAUAUUCCCAGUCAGUUUUCCAUGGUUAAAUGUGGUGAUUUGCACUUUCAGUUUGGUGCGAAUGCCACCAUCUAUCCACAGUUUCUGGUUAGGGUAGGUUUUAAUAGUCACAGUAGGUACAACAUCUCCUACACACUUUCUUAUAAACUCACUCACCGAAUCAGCGUAUACGUCGAUAUUACUCUCUGAGGCUACCCGGAACAUGUCCCAGUCUGCGAGAUCAAAACAAUCCCGUCUGGCCGUGCCGUCUGGUCUGGCCGUCUGGUCUGGCCGUCUGAUCGUGCCGUCUGGUCUGGCCGUGCUGUCUGAUCGUGCCGUCUGGUCUGGCCGUGCCGUCUGAUCGUGCCGUCUGGUCUGGCCGUGCCGUCUGAUCGUCUGGUCUGGCCGUGCCGUGCCGUCUGAUCGGGCCGUCUGGUCUGGCCGUGCCGUCUGAUCGUGCCGUCUGGUCUGGCCGUGCCGUGCCGUCAUGCUUUGUAAUGGAGAUCUUUUUUAAGGAGUGGUUUUAACCCGUUUCAGUGCUUCAGUACAUUGGGAAAAUAUCACAAUACUGUUCAUAUCAUUCCAAUUGUGAAGUUAAAUCGAGUGAAAAGGGACACAUGUACUGUAGCUGUCCUUAGAGCUUCCUGCCAGAUAAAAUGAUGUAAUAUUUAGGGUUGCAAAGCUACCGGUAAGUUACCAUAUUGUCCAUGAGUUUCUAGUAGAUAGACCAUAUGGUUGAAGAGAAAACGGCAUAAUAAUGCAAAAAGCAUUUAAUCAACAAUGACAUUAUUUUUUAUGAACCGUGACACUCUAACUUUUGUCACA